CUGAACUAGUUUCCAUGGCUAUAUACACUUCAAUUUUGAUGGUAUUAAUCCAACUUCUCUUGUGUGCCUCCAGCAAUUCCUAUACCAUUUUACCACCUGGAACUCAAAGAAAUGCAACAUCCAAAGUGUCACCCUUAGAUAAAGAAGCCUAUGCUUUGUUUUCUCUUCACUGGUGGAGUAUCCAAUACAAUAUCUCAAACCGCUGCAACAAUUGGCCUGGUGUUGAGUGCAAUAACAAUGGAAGCAUUACAAAGCUUUCACCUCCAAAAGAUUCCACCUAUACCUUUAAAAGAGACCUGUAUAUUAGGGACAUUGAUUUCUCAGUCUUUUCAAAUCUUGUCCACCUUGAUCUCAGUCAAAUGGAUCUAUAUGAACUCCCUUUGGGACUAAGUAGUCUCAAGAAGCUAACAUUACUCAACAUAUCCUCCAACAAUCUUCAAGAUGAAAUCCCUUUCUCAUUAGCAAAUUUCCCUCAACUUAUGGUGUUUGAUGUCUCUAACAACCUUUUUACUGGUCAGAUUCCACAUGAAAUUGGCAUGUUGGAGAAUCUUGUCACAUUGGACUUGAGUUUCAACAUGUUCAGUGGAACCAUUCCGUUGAGUUUGAGUCAUGUGACUAGUCUCAACCACUUGAGGAUAUCCAAUAACCAACUAGAUGGUGAGCUUCCUUCAACGAUUCUAAGUCUUUUUCAGUUGAAGACUGUUGACCUUUCUCGCAAUCGUUUUCUUGGUAAGCUCCCUACAACAUUUGUAAAUAAUUCCCAGUUAAGGAAUCUAAACCUUUCUGACAAUCGAAUAGGCGGUUAUAUCCCUUGUGAAAUAGGGAAGUUAGAUAAUCUGGUGGUUUUAGACCUGAGUUUGAAUCAGCUAGCAGGUCCAAUUCCUGAUCAAAUAGGGUGUCUAAAAAAUUUGACAAGUCUCCACCUUGAUUCAAAUUGGAUUAAUGGUUCUAUACCUUCAAGUAUAGGACUUUUAACCCAUUUGAAAGAGUUGACACUUGGAUUCAACCAUAUAGAUGGGUUGAUUCCUGCAGAAUUAGAGCAUUUGGUCCAUCUGAAAGUUUUGGAUAUUUCAAACAAUGCAAUUUUUGGUAGUAUACCAAAAUGGAUAUCUGCAUUAACACAAUUAACAGAUAUAAGGCUUCAGGGGAACCAGCUUUGUGGUGUUAUCCCAUAUGGUAUCCUUAUUCAUAGUAUUCAUGUGGAUCUUAGCCGCAACCAUUUAAAUGGAAGCAUUCCUUCUCAAAUUGGCUAUAAUCUUUCAUAUCUAGACCUUAAUCACAAUAACUUGAGUGGCAAGAAACCCAAGGAGCUUGAGUCUAUUCGAUUCUACUAUCUAUAUUGCAAUCCCUUUCUUGAUGAUGGAUAUUAUGACUGCAGCGAUUCACAAGAUCAAAGAGAUUCUGGCCAUCAUAAUCACCAUUUCAGUCCAUCAUCCAUAGUUUUGGUUUUGAUAAUUGUGGCCAGCGUUCUCAUUUCUUUUAGCUCCAUAGGGAUUGGAAUUUGUGUUCUCCGUGCCAGGUAUCGUCGCAAACACAAAAAUAAGGCAGCAAAGCAUGGAGAUUUAUUCUCCAUUUGGAACUAUGAUGGUAAAAUUGCAUUUGAGGACAUCAUUGAAGCCACACAGGACUUUGAUAUCAGAUACUGCAUUGGAACCGGUGCUUAUGGUAGUGUCUACAAAGCGAAACUUCCAAGUGGCAAAACUGUUGCAUUGAAGAAGCUUCACAAAACAGAAUCAGAAAAUCCAUCCUAUUACAAGAGCUUCUGCAAUGAAGUUGAAGUCUUGACAGAGAUUCGCCACCGGAACAUCAUUAGGCUUUAUGGCUAUUGCUUGCAUAACAGAUGCAUGUUUUUGGUGUAUGAAUACUUGGAAAGAGGAAGCUUGUUCUGUAACUUGGCCGAUGAGAUUGAAGCUCAAGAGUUGAAUUGGAGGAAGAGGGUGAACAUCAUUAAAGGGACAGCAUAUGCUCUUGCUCACAUGCAUCAUCAUUGUACUCCUCCUAUUGUUCAUCGAGAUGUCAGCAGCAACAAUAUUUUGCUCAAUUCAGAGUUAGAAGUUUGUGUAUCAGAUUUUGGCACUGCAAGACUUCUUGAUCCUGAUUCAUCUAAUCAAACUCUUCUAGUUGGCACCUAUGGAUAUGUUGCUCCAGAAUUGGCAUACACCAUGUGUGUGACUACAAAGUGUGAUGUUUACAGUUUUGGAGUGGUGGCUUUAGAAACAAUGAUGGGGCAUCAUCCAGGAGAAUUCAUUUCCACUCUGACAAAGCCAUCUACUCAACAAUUAUUGGUGAAAGAUGUGUUGGAUCCACGGAUUCCACUUCCGAAAUCUCGGAAAGAUAUGCAAGAUGUUGUGCAUGUUGUAAAGCUAGCAUUAGCAUGCCUCUCCUCUGAUCCAAAAUCCAGACCAUCAAUGCAAGUUGUGGCCAAUGAGUUUUUGGUUUCUAAGGCACCAAUACAUGUCUCUUUCUCUGAUGUCUCAAUGUACCAAUUGAUGAAUCAAGAAGUAUAUGUCAUAGAUAAAAAUUAGGACAAGCUAUUAUUGUAUUCUCUAAAUUGAGAUGAA